AUGACAAAGAAAGGAACAAGAGUGUACAUAGGCGGCAUCGUCGAAGGCAAACAAAUCGUCUGGACGGCCAUGUAUGACCAAACGGCCACUUGGGCAAGUGCUACUGGUCACCUAGUCGUGAUGAUGAAGAGAGGGUUCAUACUAUUAUGUUCGUACUUUCAGGCAUUGAAGACGUACUUGGUUGUCUGCCUUACUCUCUUGCAUAUAUCAUCAGCCGAGAACGACACCGGUCCUUUUGUAAAAAGUCUCACAAGCAAUUGUCGGGAAAUAGGAUGGGAACCAACUUGCGAAAGAAAAGCUAGGAAUAGCAUUACUGUUGCUUUUCACGUUAAACUAAAGAAGACGAUCACAGGUCUUUCACAAAAUCAGAUAAUUAAGUAUGACGAUGUAAUCACAAACAUUGGUGAGGGAUAUGAUCCAACCACUGGUAAAUUCACGGCCCCCGUGGACGGGGUAUAUUCCUUUACUUGGACCUAUAUGACAAGGAAAGGAACAAAGGCGUACAUUGGUGGAGUAAUUGAUGACAAACAAAUCGUCUGGACGGCCAUUUAUGACCAGACUGCCAUUUUGGCGACUACUCCUGGACACCUGGUAGUAAGGAUGAAGAAGGGCAGUCAAUUUUGGACACCCAAUGCUUCAAAAUAUGUAACUAACAUAGAAGGCUACUUCACUUAUUUGAGCGGAUACAAAAUUUCGGACAAAUGAUUUUACUUCUUAAAUAAAGAAGAUUGCUUUGUUACUAUAUUAAGUAUGCACGAAAUGGAC